UGUACUGUAACACGUAGCCAAUCUACCCCUUCCUUGCUGACAGAUGUCAAAAGGGGUGUAGUAAUUUACGUACUUUCAGUAAGACGGUGUUGAUGUGUGUAAGUCUUACAAACACAGUAAUUACAGCCUGCUGAGGAACCAAAAACUCUAAUUGCUUUGCUUAGACGAGCAUCAAUUUCAGCAAUGCAUCCACCAUCUUGGCUUAUGAUACUCCCCAAGUAAGUAAACUCUGUAACGUUUUCAAGAACAGAACCGUCAAGAAGAAUACGUGCCUGCUCGUAACCAAUGCUUAAAAACUUUGUUUUCUUGAUUCUGAUUUUCAUUCCCCAUUUACAGCAGGAAUCAUAUAGACUGUCUACUAACUUUUGUAGUUCACCCAAGGUCUUCCUCAAUGACAAUACAGAAACAACGAUUGCAAUGGCUGGGCCAUCUGCUACGCAUGAGUGAAAAUCGUCCCCAAAACAACUACUUCGCAGCAGACUUAGUAAUGCAACAAGACCAACACAUGGGCCUAAACAGAGAUGGAUAGAUGUUGUCACAAGAGACCUCAGAUCAUUACAUAUCAGUCUUCGUGAUGCUGAUGAUCGUGCUGCUUGGAGAAGCGCUAUUACGCUGCGUUGCCAAAACCCAUAGUGGGUAUGGUGGAAUCAAGGUUCAAGCGUUUCACUCGCUGCUUACUGUGGGAGCUGAUGUCACAAUCAGAGAUGCUGGGGGAAACACUGUGCUUCAUACUGCCUUGUCAUGCCACUGUCCUGCUUCUGCAAUCACCCAUCUGGUCGACUUGACUAAUGUCGACGUGAACGAGAAAAAUUGUAAUGAGGAUACAGCUCUUCAUAUUCUGCUCAACAAGGAACGGAAGACCGUGGACAAAGAAGUGCUUCGAUCUCUUGUUAGAAGUGGAGCUGAUGUAACUGUGGUCGGAAAUAGUGGUCAGACACCACUCCACUUGUUACUGGCAAGACCUGAACAAGAAUGCGUGGAAUUUAUGAAUAUUGUGCAAGAGUAUCAAGACAUAAUGACUCUGCUAAAUUGCAUCAUGACGCUAGGCACAGCAGCUGAAGUGAAGGUUUUUCUCAAACAAUGCGAUAGACGACGAGUCAGGGUUCCACCAGAGCUAGUUGUGACUGCAGCUGGUUCCCGAUGUGAUCCCUGUGAGAAGAUAAAGAUUUUGAAAGCUAGACACAUCAGUGUUCGCACUAUCUUUCCCAAUACUGGAGAGAAUAUUCUUCAUCGAGCUGUGUCAUCUGGCAACAUGCCAGUGUUGAAUAUGGCAUUAGAGGAACCCGUUCUUCAGAUUCCCGACAAUAACGGGGAUUUACCAAUUCAUUUAGCAGCCAGCAGCAUUGGCACUGCUGAGUCUCUUGCUCUGUUGGUGAGACCAGACCUGAAGGAUGUUAAAAACAGAGUGAAAGCAACACCAUUAUCACUUGCUGUGAGAAGCAGGAAUAAGGACAAAGUAGAGAUGCUGUUGAAAUGUGGCUGCAUGCCUGAGAAUUCUAAAAAUCUCAAGUAUGUGCCAUUUGGUGAGCUGUCGAUCCUUGCCAAUUCUACAACAAUUGCACAAUCACCUCAACCACUCAUGUUUUGUCUACAAAUGGUGGAGAUCUUCAAGAAAGCAUCAAUGGUCCAAGACUUACACAAAGAAGAAUGUCAUGCCGCAGCAAAUCAAAUGGUCUCAAUGGCCGCAGAGUUAGUCAAUAGAAGUAAAGAAUUUCCAUCAGAUGAAGUCAUCAGUUACGCAAUCAACAAACAGAUGAAGAAGUUUAUUGCCUGUUGCACCAUCCAGGAGCAUUUGAUGCAGUCUUGGUAUGUCAGUGGCAAUGAGUCUGUUUAUGGUCGGCUGCAGUUUGUGCUCAGAGUCAUCACAUACUUGUUCUUGUUUCCACUUCUUGCAAUACGUGGUCUACCUCGUUCUGUUCGAGCAUUUGUCAGUAUGGAAGGAUACCAAGUCAAACCUUACGUCCAAUACACAGCAUUCAUCGUGUCAUAUGCCAUUUUCCUUCUGGUUUUUGUACUUCAAGUUGUUAUGGUCAAGUCUCAACCGAGAUGUGACCAUCCUGAAGAUGGAACUGGUUGCAAUCUAAACCACUUAGAUUGGGCUCUUUUCAUCUAUGUCAUUGCCUUAGAUGUCGAAUGUCUCAGUCGUGUGAUAAAGAAACUGCUCGAUUUUUCUGGCUUUGCUUCUUGGCCGUGUCUAUUGAAUGUUCUGUCAACUCUCCUACUCAACAUCUUCUUCAUUGUCAUUGUCUUUGGCUUUUAUGCAGAUUUAUCGGUUUCUCGUGAGUCAAAAGUGAUACGAGUUGCUUUCUACACUCUCAGUGUCGGACUUGCCUGUUCAUUCUAUCGUUUCCUCCAAAUGUUCAAACCGCAUUCGGUCCUCGGUCCCAUACAAAUCUCCAUUGAGCAUAUGUUGGUGCAGACUGUAGGAUAUGUAGUAUAUUUGAUAUUCCAAUUGAUCAUAACGGCGUCUGUCAUUACUGGGAUCUAUGGAGCAGAAUUUCAAAGUGUAGGAAGUGUAGGAGCAAGAAGACCCAGGAAUUCUACGAAGCCGCGUUUUGCAAGAGAGGAUAAACAUAGUUUUCUCAUGUCAACAAAACAUCUCUACUUUUCUAUGUUUGGACUAACUGACUUGAACGUCUUUACUACUGGCCGUCAUGGGUCUCCAGAAUCGGUUGAAGAAACUAUCGUCUUAAUCCUCUUUGGAUUAUGGCUUACACUAUUUUCCAUCUUCUUUCUCAGCAUGGUAGUAGCCUUUGUCACAAAUACAUAUCAAUCUGUUCAGGAUAACUCAGAGAUGGAGACGAAAUUUGCCAAGGCUGUUAUGAUACGCCAAAUGUCCAGGGCUCCUCCACUGCCUAUGCCAUUAAAUAUAUUGCAUUUUAUUUUGGAGAUCUUGCAUAGCAACUGCAAUACCUGGAAUGACUCACAUUACAGCACUACUAGACGGGGAGAACGGAACUUGGAUGUGGCAGACAGUGCCGUCCAAAAGCGAAUGAUGAGCAUCUUUCUUGACAGAGAAAAACAGAAGAAUGAAGACAGUUCAGUCACAAGGAAAGACAUGACUGGACUGUAUUCUCAGCUUAACAACUUGAAAAGUUGUAUUGCCAUGAGACCAUCUCUUGCACUUAGUCAAUCAUCUGGCAGUGAUCGUAGUCAUUACGUCAGUGGCCUCUCGCUAGACCUGGAUACACUAGAAGAAGCAAUCUCGCCUCUUGCUGGCUCUCUUGCUCGACUGACUGAUGCUGUUCAAUACAUGCAGAUGAGAGUUUCAUCGAUUGAAAGAAAGUUCGACAACACAGUUGUGUGAUGUAUAGUUGCUCUGUAUACAAUUUGAACAAGGCUCUGUCUGCGUGAUGUGCUGCUUGAGAUUUUAUUUAUUAAUCAAUUAAUAACAAAUGAAUAUGGAUUGAAAAAUUCUAGUCUGUAGUGUUAAUUAAUAGUUCUCUUGUUGAAGCUAAAUGUUUGCACAUUUGUUUGCACAUUGUCUGUAAUUACAGAUGUCUAGUGUACCUAUCUGAAAUAUAAAAAUGGAAGUUGUACAGUACUGUAAUAAGCUGUCAAAUAUUAAUUAUAUGGUGUACCGAUCAUUUGCUCUACAGUGACUUCUGACAGCGACAUGUUCUCCUCUCUUUCUCCUCUCUCCGCCU